CUUGCCACCCGAACCUUCGUCUCUGUGCGGGCUUGUACAACAUCUCUCAUAUGGCCAUUCAUUCGACCCGUGCUGACGCUCUCUUGUGUCACCCUCAUGGCUCUUAGGCUCUCUUUUAAUCGUCGCACUCCCCUGACAAGCUAGGUCCCUCCUCCGAUUUCCCACAGCAUGCGAAGCCGAUGCCGUAGCCUACAAUAUCGAGCGAAUCCGACCGUAUCCUGCGACCGAGCUACCCCACGUUUCCAAGACCCCAUGGUUGCGCCGAUCGACAAAGCGCCAGCAUGACCAGCAAGACGCUGAAUAACGUCGUGAACGAGCAAACCGUAACUCUAAACGCACUCAUUUAUGGCUACGCCGGGCACUCACUCGUUACGCCUCAUGUAGCACUGCAACAAAUCUGGUGGACCGAAGAGAGGAUCAAUGAGAAGGUGACGACCGAGUUCAUCACGUCAAGGCUCCGCCCGAACGAAAGGCAAUGGCUAGACCGACCGGUUGGCUUCGGCGAUCUUACGGACGACACAUAUAUGGACUGGAUCCUGGAGCGGGCCAGGCGAUUAUUCCUGGUGCUUGCAACGAUUGGAGAAGCGGAGAAAAUAUUCACGGCCGUGGAAAAGGCCUGGGACGAUGACGACCUGCCGCUGCAAAUGGAGGAUAUCGAAAAGCUGAAGUUGUCCAACAAGCGGAACGAUAACGUCAAUGCACGGUUCUAUCAGACGCAGUUCACGUUCCUCCUUCGAGAACUGGAGGAAGGCGUGCAUAUCGACUAUGGCUCGAAUGAGGUCUUGCCGUUGGAAUAUGUCAUGGGACUUCCGCCUGCCGUGUCACUGCAACACUGGUCCAGGGUCCAUCGUCCGAAGAGGCCGAACGAGGUCUAUGUGCGAAGGAAGUUUCCCCUAGGGACUGCGGAGGACCCAACCGCAUCCGAGAUGGACUUCAUCAUGGACGUCGAAAGCGCCCGGAUGAUCGAGCACGACCAUAUCGCACCCGUGUGGGCCUCAUAUACAGCCAAGGGAAACGGAUAUACCCUUACUAACUUUGUCGGACAACACACACUCCGAACAUUUAUUGACCACCGCAAUCCCGCACAGUAUCAGAGGCUACCCAAGCCGGAACGGAGAUUUCUCGUGCUCGGAUGGCUGCACUGCCUCGCGGAUGCGAUUACGACUCUGCACCAAAUGGGAUUCUGUCAUUCCGCCAUACGACCCUCCAACAUUCUCAUCGAUGAGCGCAAUAGGAUUGCCUUUAGUGAUAUUGGAAGCUUGGAGACUUUUCAGAAAGACAAGAAGCCCGAUGCGAUGGAAGCCUAUGUGUAUAGUGCGCCCGAAGCACACGCCGAUCCGGAUGCUGUCGCGCCCGAUGUUCCAGCGCCUUCACCCGUAGUGGGCACAGGGCGAAAAAUCUCGGUUGCGAGCAGGGGGUCCACGGGCUCGUCGGACAGCAACGGGACACAGCGCCAGAAACUCUCAAAGACGCAGACGAACGACUUCUCGGGUUUCAAUUUCGGUUUCAAAAAGGCCAAGCCCGUCCCGCAGCCGCGAUCCCGGAUAUUGGAGACGGAAAAGGCAGACAUCUUCUCCCUUGGUUGCAUCUUCCUUGAGCUUCUGACGUUCAUGCUCAAGAAGAAACCCCACGAAUUCACCAAGCACCGCUCGUCCAAGCAGAAGAUCAGUAUGGGAGGAAAGAAUUCCCGCGCGGAUUCCUCAUUCCACGCAAACCUAGACAAGAUUGAUAGUUGGAUGAAGAUUAUUGAAGAGGCAUCCUUUGCGCAGGAAGACGAUGCCUUCCGUGCCGUACCUCACAUCAUGAAUCUGAUACGCGCCAUGUUGAGUCGAGCCCCGAACAUCAGGCCUAGUGCUCGAGAUGUGCGGGACCGGCUCCUGGACAUUCUGAUGCACUACACGUCGAUUCCAAACAUACACUGCAGCUCCCACGUAUUCGAUAAUGGACCCGCUUACACUGUUUCGAGCUCGGAUCGAGCGUCCACCAUGUCGUCCACCUCGACCAUGACCACAACGACAACCAGCUCGGACGCAGACACAAUCCGCUUCGGGUCAGCGUCGUCGUUUUCAUCCGAGGAGCGCGUGUCGUCGAUAUUGAACUCUUAUUCGGAUCGCUCCACGCUAGCAAGCGUCUCCGAGUAUAGCGAUGCUGAUUCGAUCCAUACAAUCGAAGGGCCAUCCGCUUCGUCGAUUGACACCGCCGUAGGCCAACCUCGAGGCCAGCGUCUGCCUACGCCUCCCGUAUCGCCCAUGUCACCGAUGUCGCCGAUGUCGCCCAGCAGUCCACAAGGCAGACCACCUUCGAGCCCCUCUAGCCCAUCCAAAGUUCCUGGUGCACCUGCUACAUACAAGAUCGAGCCGUGGAACAAACCCUUCCUCUUGCUGCCAUGAACUCUCGAGUUGUUGUUGAGCG